AUGGAGCGCAGAAACACACGUGACAAAGCGACGGAAGGAGACGUUCUCACGUGGGGAGACACUGCAGACUCUGUGCUGAAGUACAACAUCCGCCAGCUGAACGUGUGGGGGGUGUGGCCGUUGCCCGGCUCGGCUCUCUUCCAUGCCUACACGGUCUUCAUAUUCGCGAUGGGCCUCGGAGGGCUGGCGCAGGACCUGGCGAGCGUCUACGUCAGCUGGAGCGAUCUGCAGGAGGUCACCAUGGCCCUCAUCCACAUACUGUCCGUCUGCGGCGGCUUCGUCAAACUCGCGUUCUUCAUUCGUCGGCGGCCCAUGUUCAACGUGCUGGUGCGCCGUACGGACCAGAUGGUAUCUGCCCAAAAGGAGUUCUGCGCCUCGGACGAGAGCCUGCGAGCCAUGUUCAAGGCGUCGCACAGGAAGGCGGUGUACAUCACGCUGUUCGCGUACGGCUACCUGUUCCUGCAGGGCGGUAUCUGGCUGCCGAUGCCACUGAUCGCCUACCCUGGGCAGCGAAAACUGCCGUUCGUGCAGGUGCCGGGCGCCGACACCACCAGUGUCUACCUGUACGCCCUCUUGUACUCUCUGCAGUGCUUAUCGUCGAUGUUCAUCACCUUCGUGGGCGUCACCAUCGAUUGCUUUUUCGCCGUCGUCAUGAUUCACACAGUGGUGCAGUUUAGGAUUCUCAAUGCCCGCAUCAAGGCUUUGCGACCAGAUGUAGCAGCGUCUGCCAGCUGUAGAAUUGUAGUAGGCAGACAGACGAAUUUUCACGAUAACAUGUAUAACCAGCUGUGCCAGUGCAUUCAAACGCACCAACGUUUGCUAAGGUUUGUCAGCUUCCUGGAUUCUGUUAUGAAUCCAGUUGUUAUGACACAGUUCACUUCUGGCGUCAUGGUUGCAGGAGUAACGCUCUUCCAAGCAACAUACGGUGAGGCCGUAUGCGAGGCGCUGUACAGCUGCGGCUGGAUGGAGGCGCCCGCCUGCUUCAGGCGCGCCAUGAGGAUCGUCAUGUGCUGCGCGCAGCGGCCGCUCUCCCUCACCGCGGGCCGAGUGUACGCCAUCAACAGGGCCACAUUCAUCUCCCUGAUGAAUGCAGCCUACUCCUACUACACUCUGCUGCGUCAGGUGAACGGGCGCGACUAG